AAUCAGUCUUAGUGAAUGUGCAAGCUCUCAGUGGGCGCCAGGGCUGAGAUAAGAAUUAAAUGCUCUGGCGCCACAAUUGCAAAUGCAAGCGAGAAAAUAUCAGUGUGUACGUGAGGAGUCUGGGGUUUCGAUGAAAUUGCCUUUACCUGGCUGACGCCGCACGCCCCACGUGUGACAUAAUAAUGCCAAAGUGUCAAGUGUCAGUUGAUUGAGCAUUAUCAACAAAAUAGUACAGCACAGUAGAAAAUAAUAAAAUGAAAUAAAUCGAGAAGCAACAUCACGCGCUUGCAACAAACAAGUUGAUUCUAGCUGCAACCCUCGAACAGUCAUGGACAAUAGCGAAACCACCGCAACGGGUUACCCCAGCAACGCGACCAGCGGCCGCGACUCGGGGCGUAAACAAAAACACAAAAAGGCCAAAACUAAUACAGCAGGUGCAGCCAGUGCAGCCAGCACUGAAGAGCACCCAAUGGAUGCCGAAACCAAGUGCACAGCAAGCUACUUUAGUCUUUGCAUAUCGGGUCAAAUAGUAUCGGCUACAUUUCCGCUAGGACCAGAUCGCGAGUACGUCUAUUGUCGCUAUGAGCUGGUGGCAGGUGCAGAUUGGCAAUUGGUUUCGGGACCACAGCAUGGCCUAACACAAAUGGCCACCAACAAAAGCGGACACUUUAAUGAUAAAAUAAUCUUCAAUAUGCCUAUUGAAGUUACAUACAAGAGCACCAGUCCCUUUGGCUGGCCACAGCUAUUGGUGACUGUGUUUGGCAGCAAUGGCAGCGGACGCGAAACUUUGCUGGGCUAUGCUCAUGUGCAUUUGCCAGUGUUUGGCAGUCGCCGGCAUGUAGCAGAGGCUGAGCCCAGCGUACUGGCCGAGACGCCCAUACUGCUGCCCAAGCCGCCGAAUAUGUUGGGCGACAUAACCAGUUGGCUGCUGCGUCGGCAGCCUGAGCUAAAGGAUCCCAAGGUGCUCCUGGAUAGCUUCAAGUGCAAGGGUCUCUCUAUGGAAUCAUAUGGCACGCUGGAGUUUCAACUGCACUCGAUUAUGCGUGGAGCUCGCAAGUUGGGCUAUCAUUGGCAUGCCUAGACUUUAAGAACUUGAAUAAAACGUAGCUGUUAGUUAAAUUUAAACAACUUAAUCUAAUUGGCGCUGGGUGGCAUUGGGUGGUUGCCUCAAACUUGACAUUGUCGCGCGCGUAUGACGUUAACG